AUGCACCGCGCGUCCCGCGGCUGCCAUGGCAACUGCUCCCCGUACCGGGCAUGCGCAGCGCCCCUCCCCGCCGCUGCCAUGGCAACCGCGCCCCCUCUCCCGUGCAUGCGCAGCAGCGCCGAGCUGCGGCGGGAGGGCGGCGCGUUUCUAUUGGUUCUCUCCUCCCAGCCCCGCCCCCCAUGCCGCCAGAACGAGGCGCUGAUUGGCUCGAUAUCUUUGGCCACGCCCCUCCCCUGUUGCCGCGCGGCACCGAUUGGUCACGGUCUGUCUGGUCACGCCCCCCGCGGCACCGCCCCUCCCGCAGUCGGGGCGCGGCCACCGCCCCGCACGGACGCGCCCUCCCCGCGCUCCGCCGCCGCCGCUGCCGCCGCCGCCGCCAUGGCCGACCCCGCCGCGCAGUUCCCCGUCGUCUCCUCGUCCUCCUUCCCCUCCUCCCCCUCCUCCGUGCGGCCCCAGCCCGGCGGCUGCCGCGGCGGCUCCGUGUCGUGCACCGAUCCCCCCAUUUCUUCCUCCUCCUCUUCUUCUUCUUCCUCCUCUUCCUCCUCCCAGCCCGUUUCUCUCUUUGCGGCUUCACCAGCGACCCCAGCCCCGCCCGGCCGGGGGGCGACCCCGGGGCUGCCCCCCCCGAGCCCCCCGGAGUCCCCGGAGUCGCCGUUCGAGGUGGUCCCCGACCGCGCCGCCUUCGACCGCGAGUUCGGCCCCGCGCUGGCCCAGAUCCCCGAGGGCCGCGAGUGCCACUUCGGGCCCCCCCCGGCCUCCCGGGGGGUCGGGGGGGGGUCGGUGCCCGGCGGGACCCCCGGCGGGACCCCCGGCAGGGCCCUGGGCCGGCCCCCGCCCGGCUCGGCCGCGGCGCUGGAGGAGGUGUCGCGGUGCGUGAGGGAGAUGCACAGCUUCACCAGCGAGCUGCUCACCUGGGACCUGGUGGAGGGCAACGGCCACCUGGGCACCGGGGACGGCCACCUGGGCGUCGGGGACGGCAACCUCGGCAUCGGGAACGGGCCCCCGGGCGCUGCCAGUGGCAACCCGGGCACCGGGAACGGCGACCUGGGCACCGGGAACGGCGGCCUUGGCGUCGGGGACGGUGUCCUGGGCAUCAGGAGCGGCGACCUUGGCGCUGGGAGCCACGGCCUGGGCAGCAAGAGCGGCGGCGGCGGCACCGGGAAUGGCAUCUCCGGCGCUGGGAAGGGUGGCCUUGGCACUGGGAGUGACGUCCUGGGCAUCGGGAGUGGCGGCAGUGGCGGCACCGGCGUCAUCGGGAACGGCGUCCCCGGUGUCGUUGGAGUUGGUGCCCCUGGAUUUGGAGUUGGUGCCCCUGGAUUUGGAAUUGGUGUCCCUGGCGUUGGAAGUGGUGUCCCUGGCGUUGGAGUUGGUGCCCCUGGAUUUGGAGUUGGUGCCCCUGGCGUUGGAAUUGGUGCCCCUGGCGUUGGAAUUGGUGCCCCUGGCGUUGGAAGUGGCCUCACCGGUGUCCCCGGCAUCGGGAACGGCUUCGCUGGAGGUGGCCCCGGUGGCCCCGGUGGCCCCGGUGGCCCCGGGCCGGGUGUCCCCGGCGUCCCCCCCGGUGCCGACGGCGACAGCUCCGGUGACUCCGACAGCACCGUCAUCGAGGAGGGGCCGGGAGAGGCCCCCCCGGAGCCCCCCCGGCCCCGCGGGGUCACCCCCGACGUCCCCCCCGAUGGCCCCGGGGUCGGGGACUGGGAGCAGGAGCACCAGACCCUGCGGGCGCUGCGGGAGCUGGGGGGGCCCCCCGAGACCCCCCCGGCCUGGGGCCUCCCCCGCCUGGCAGUGUGGGAGCUGCUGUUCUGGCGGGACGUGAGGAGGAGCGCGGUGGCCUUCGGCGCCAGCCUGGUGCUGCUGCUGUCCCUGGCCACGCUCAGCGCCGUCACCGUGGUGGCCCACGUGGCGCUGGCCCUGCUCUGCGUCACCAUCAGCCUGCGCGUCUACAGGGCCGUGGUGCAGGCGCUGCAGAAAUCCGAGGAGGGACACCCCUUCAGGGCGUACCUGGACCUGGACGUGACGUUGUCCCCCGAGCGGUUCCAGGCCCAGGUCGCGGCCGUGGCCCAGCACCUGAACCGG